AUGCCUGCUACGAUCCAGAUUCCUAAAGAUGUAUUUAUAAGGCUUAGGCCUGCCAUCGACGGUACUCCCGUUCAGGGCAUCUUGUUUGGCCAACGUGAAGAAUGUCCAGAUCGUAGACUAAUAAUUCAUGUUAAGGGUUUUUUUUCAUAUGAGUCAAGUUCUCGGGACCUCGUCAGCACGAUCGCAAAGUUGAUGAACUGGAAAGGUCAAACUGUACUAGGAUGGUUUGCAGCUCCCGGGCUCGACGUUCUAACACAUUGUGAUCCACCACGUAUAGCUUCAGCUUAUUUUCAUACUUUGCAGUCAGCUAUGCUGAAAGUCAUUGUAGCCAACUAUCUCAAGCAACACACGGAAUACGACGUAAAGGAGAUUACACCAUUGAUUGCACGAGAAUCAUGUGCACUGUUUCAAGAUCUUAUCGGACUUGUUGUUCAAAGGGCAUCUAAAACUGUUGAUUCAGUCAAUCCUGCAAUAAUAAUGAAUAUUGAAAGCACAUCAGCUCAAGCGUUUUUUUCAGCACCAACUUUAGCUGAAGUAUUAAAUCAUUUUCAAAAUUUACAUCGUGACGUUAAAGGUGAUAUCGUUGAAAUGAACAUUUUAAAAGGAUUAGCGGAUGUGUUACCAACAGAAUUUAGUGGUUUAGGGAUCAAUGGAGUAGCAACUAGUAAUGAUUCAGUGGUAUUGGACGAAAGAGAUGAUGAUGAUGUAGGUGAAUUAUUCUCGGUUUGGAAUAAUAGCAAUAAUCAGGGAACAUCAAAUAAAAAAUCGCGAAUAAGGAGGGCAAGUACCACUGAUAUUUCAGAUACCAAUUCGAGACGAACAUUAUAUGGAUCACCAGCUAUGGAUUUCAUAGAAGAAACUACGACAAGGAAAAGAAAAGGAAUUGAUACAGAAAAUAAUAAGAACGCGUCAAAAAAGGCAAAAACACCAACUGUAAAUAUGACUGCUAGCGUAAUACCGACGCCAUUCAGGAUCAUUCCAGGCCAAGGUUCUGAGUAUUUACAUGAAACACUUAACGAGGACGGUUUCCAACAUUCUACCGAAUUCGAUGAAUCUAUGCUGACUUCUUUCACCACGUCGUUUUUCGCCCCGACUGAUGAUAUAAAUCUGUCCACAUCUUCCAAUCCACUUGUGACUUAUGCACAACACCGUAUAACCACUGCUUAUGAUGCAAUAUCCCAUCAUCUAACAACACAUACGCAAGGAAAAAUAUCACUUUAUGAAAAGUCGUGCCAAGAAUAUGAACUAUUACUAGAAAUACUUGAGGCAUUAGAUGGUGUUGGAGAUGAGGUUGCAUUGGCGAAGAUGUUAGAGAAUUGGAUCGAAGACGUUGAAGAUGAAGAUGUAAUAAUAGAAGAUCCUUCACUGAACGCUAAUGUUGGUGUCGUUACCGGAGAGGUAAGUUCGUCUUCUUCUGUCGAGGAGGGCGAAAUCGAGGACGAGGAAGAAAUUGUAAAUCAUGAUGGAAAUGUUCUCAAAAAGAAUGACGAAAUAUCAACACUAUCGCGCAACAAAACUAUAAUCUUAAAAAAUUCGGAAACAGGGAAAAACAAACUCGCCAGAGAGAGCAGUCCUGGGUGGGCAUGGGAUGAUGAGGAAAUUGGAGACUGA